CAUAAGAAUCAUUAGUCUAAUAAUUAUUGUUCACCCAACAACUACCAAUCAAAAUGAUUCGAGCUGCUUUAUUCAUUGCUUUAUUUGCCUUGGCCACUGCUGCUAGCCUUUCCCUUGACUCCCAAUGGGAAUCAUUCAAGACUAAAUACGGCAAAUCUUAUGAUUCGGCUGAAGAAGAAACCUACAGACGAAAUGUUUUUGCCCAGAAACUGGAAAAGAUCAAGGCUCAUAAUGAAAGAGCAGCCAAUGGUGAAGUUACCUACAGAUUAGGAGUCAACAAGUUCGCUGAUUUGACCGCCGAGGAAUUCAAAGCAAAACAUCUUGGAUUCAAGCCUGCUCGUCGACCCGCUCCUCUCGUUCACAACGUAAAUUACACCGUCAAAGUUCCAGCCUCAGUUGAUUGGCGAACCAAAGGAAUCGUAAGUCAAGUCAAAAAUCAACAGCAAUGUGGUGGAUGCUGGGCUUUCUCUGCCAUCGCUGCUAUCGAAUCAGCAAACGCUCAAAAAACUGGUAAACUUGUUGAGCUUUCCGAACAAAACUUGAUUGAUUGCUCAUGGAAGUAUGGUGAUAACGGAUGCAAUGGUGGUUUGAUGGACAAUGCUUUCUCAUAUGUCAAAGCCAACAAGGGUGUUGAUACCGAAAAGUCUUACCCUUUUAUUUCUGGUGAUGGGCAAGAUUAUCACACAUGUCGAUACACUGCCUCAAAUAAGGAUCUGGUAUUUUAAAUACCGACGAGUGCUCAAGUGACCCUAAAGAUCUUGACCAUGGUGUAGUUAUUGUCGGAUAUGGCUCUGAAAACGGUACUCCAUAUUGGAUUCUCAAGAACAGUUGGGGUGAAGAUUUCGGUGAAUCAGGUUACUUCAGAAUGUACAGAGGCAACAACAUGUGUGGUGUUGCUGAUUAUGCUUCUUAUCCAAUUGUUUAAAUCAACAAUAACUCUUGUAUUAACCUGCACUUAUUGAUUGAUUAAAUUUUGAGCAAAGAUAUUUUAA